AUGUCGUACCUACAGCAGGGUCCCUAUCCGAUGGGAGGAGCGUUUCCUCCUGGUGGGCCUCUCAGGUUCGCAAAUGCAAAUAACUGGCUGGUCUACGAGCGCGACGACUACAUGGACCUCCUCAGCAAGGAUGUCCAUGCCUACAACCCCUUCCUGCACCUAUGGUCCUUGGGAGUUGAGGAGCAGUUCUACAUCAUUGCCCCGAUCCUUCUGUACGGAAAUAUGAAGUUGCUCGCAGAAGGCAAGCGUGCUGAUCCCUCGAUGUUCAUCCUACUCUCCGCGGCAAGCAUCGUGUUUUGUUGGUGGGCAGACCAGGUACUCUUCAUGUUUGCUCUCGUGUUGUGGGAGAUGCUUUUGGGUCUGCAGAGACCUGCAAGGCAAACAACGGUCAUUUUCCAUGCCUGCUUCCGUCGUGCUACAUUUUUUACUUUCCUAGCCUUCCCCACCCCCGUUUGGAGCGACUUCUACUUCAAGAAUGACUUUACUGGACGGACUUUGGCAGCGACGCUGUACCAGGCAGGCUUCUACUACCUUGUCAAGCACCUCGAAAAGCAGUUGGACAGACGUGGCCAGCUGCUCCUGACAGUACAAGGACGAGAAGCGACCUGGAUGAAGCUCGAGGAGGCCGACAUUGAGCCUGUCAGCAAGAAUCGCGGAGUCUCCUCGCUGGUGUCCGCCUUUGGUGCCAUUUCUGACUUUCCCAUCGUGGAGCAGAAAGGGCUGUCCACACCAGGAAGCCGCUGGGCUCGCCCAUCCUACUUCGGCCUGGCCGACUACAAGGCCAUCCUCUCACCCUUCGGGCGUUUCAGAUAUGAAGCCCUGAACCUCACAAAGCCACAAGUGCUGACGAACGAGUACGAAGCCUGGAAGAUCCUCGAUGCGGAUCUGAACGUGAUCACCGAGAAUGAGCAGCUGCAGAUGAUGAUGAAGCUGCUCCCGAGGAAGCAUAUCGUGCACUUCUCAAAGGGCCCCUGCGCGUCGCACUCCGUGUCCACGGGAGGCCUCCUCCACGUCGAGGACCCACUUGGACAGCCUUUCGCGCAGAUCGCUGUUAAGGGUUGCCAUGCAGCGUACUCCCUGGCGUGCGAGGGCGGCGAGUAUCGUAUCGAGGAGUCUCAUAGCUGCGGUGGAGAGCGCUUCGCUGGGCCUCCCGGCGCAGCGUUGCAUCAUAGCUGGGAGAUUUGCGCCACUUCAGAUAUCAAGCUCAGCACCCGCAUGCCGCUUCUUGACGUCACCUGGAACACCCCGAUUGAGACCGGCACGCCUGUAGAAGGAUGCAUCCGUGUGAGCUUGGCGGAGGAGCUUCCCGAACUGGCGUCGGUUCGGGGCACAGAGGAGGAGCAGCUGCAGGCCAUCAUCGUGAAGAAGCGCGAGGUGGGUGGUUGCCCCACCUACCGUGGCACCAGCGAUCGCCUGGCACGGGCGAAUGACUUCGAGGGAAGUGGACUGGUCGGUGCUGCCUCGAGGCAGUUCCUUCGCCUCAUUCAGAAGGAGUUGUCCCAUCGUGCCAAGCUGUGGUCCCAGAGCGCGCCAUGGAGCGACAAGGAGUCGCUGUACGACUCCACUGUCCAUGCAGCCUCGAUCGCGACAUUCCUGCCAUGGUUUGGCAGCAAUCGUACCACUGCCUUCCUGAUGUGCACCCUGCUGAACUGCGGGGAGCCGGUUCCCUUCAUCGACUCACCAAUGAGAUUUCACUACGAGGAUGUCGCCAACGCUCAGGCGGAUCCCAACCAGCCGCGAAUCUAUGCCAUGUUGGGCACCCCCGCUGCUGAGGACUGUCACCACCCGACACUUCCUCUCUUUCAGUCUUCGGGCUCGCCAGAGCACACGCAGUGGCGCAUGCUUCUGGACGAAGCCGGCUUCCAGGACAUGCACCAGCAGCCCCUCACCUCCGCAGCGUCGCUCCUGGAGUCGGCGUGGACAGAAAAGAUUCGAAAGCUGGUCGGCCUCCGAAGCAUUCUGCCCUCGCCGACGGAGCUGGAAGUUGGAAAGAUUGCACUACCGCUCGUGUUCGAGGGCAUCUGGAGAAAAAAGAUGUCUUCCACAGAGGUGCUGGAGGUCUUGCCAUACCUGGAGUUCGGCAAGGGGUGCAUCAUGGGCCUUCGCGGAAAGCACUCGGGCAUCGUGCAGACCUGGGUCGUCAAAGCUGCCCAGAAGGUGGCCAUCGAUUUUGCACGGAGCUCCCCGACUGCGGAGAAGCUGAUGAAGCUGAUCGAAACGCCGAAGUUCGCUGCGCUGAAGAAGCUCUUGACAUCUUAUCCUGGAUCCUUGGAAGAUGUGCUCCUCCGUGGGGUCAUCGACGCGUCGUUGUUUGCUGGCCUGCUUGGGACGACGGACAUGGCCACCAAAUGUGUGCAGAGCCAGUUCAAGGACUCUCAACACGUGAUGAUGUUCCGCAAGAAUCCGAGCGCGUAUCUGCACGAGCUCAUGCGAACCGACGGGGCGGUGACGCAGUUCACGACCACUGCCGGCAAAGCGGACACCUGGGUACUUGAGGGGCACAAGGUGCCUUUCAAGGCGGACCAGGCCGUGACUAUGGUCUUGACAACCGCCAACCGUGACCCCAAGGUCUUCACAGAGCCAGACACUUUUGACCCCGAGCGCGCCAACAUGGGAGAGAUGCUGACUUGGAAUGGCAAGUUGAAGCACGUCAUGGCCAGAAACUAUACCGGUGCCCCACGCUUCUGUCCAGGUUACCACUUGUCCGUCAAAGUGGCCACCGAUGUCUGCACGGCUAUGACGCAGGACCUGAACCCAUGGGGCUCGCAGCACCAGGAGAGCGGCAAGAUCCAGGGGCUCGUGAAGAUUAAGACCCGGGGCUGGCAUGGCAAGCUGGGUGCAGUUGCGUACUACGACGUGAAGAAGGAGAAACACUGCCUCACCGAGAAGCACCAUCACGACCAGUACAUUGGCUGCUUCCGCGAAGACGAGUUAGAGGUCGUCUCGCGCGAGGGAGGCAGGCCGAAAACUCUUCAGGAGGAGUACAACAUGUGUCCGGCGAUCGUCCCGGCUGUCAUGCAGAUGCUGCUACGUGUGGUCGCUCGCGAAGUGGAGACUCAAUCCACCGUCGGUUGGGUCAUCGGACGACUGCUAGGCAAGGUAUCUACUGCUGAGGACUUCCACGUGGACUGGGCUGAUGACUUCACGAUUGGCUUGUAUGCCGGCAUCAACCUCAUCUCCAUGCCCAUGUACUCCUCGCGCCACGCCGACUCAGUCUUCGUCCCAAAGCGUCAGGGCAGCUCGGAGGUCUUCUCCGUGGGAAACGUCAUCGCGCCAGACGUGGACAUCGACCACCCACACUUCGUGCCUGUAGAGUGGUACAUCCCACAGCCGCUGCUGGACUUCGGCAUGCUUCCGGGCAUGACCUGCUUCCACGGAUUCUUGCGCUCGCUGCCCUGGGACGACAUGCUCGACGGCGACGAUCGCAAUACUUGGGACAUAGUCAUGAACCUCAGCAAGUUCAAGCACGAGCGGAAAACCGAUUGGGUGAUGAGCUUCUACAAUGGCUACAAGACCUUUGACGGGAAGGCCAACUGGCCGGAGAUGGAGGUGAACUUGGCCCAGAUGUACUGGAAGAACGACGAGUGGGACGAUGCCCUGGAGAGAACGAUAGCCUUUGGCCUGAUUGCCAGCCACCGGGUGGAGCACCUCGCCAAGCCUGUGGAGUUCGGCGGUGAAAGUUUGCCGUUUGUUAUUCGCCUGAACAAGUUCCACGCGCUGGAAGUGCGAAAGAACUUCGGCAAGUACCAGGGCGAUCUCUUCUUCACCAAGGAGGGCUUCCCGGCCAUGAUGGAGCUGGCUGAUGGCCGGCGCAUCGCUCGUGGAGACAAGGAUUGGCAAUACUGGAAGUUCGCCUGGCGCUGCUCCUUGAUCACAGUGAUCACCCUGUCGGAUCACUUGCACAUGACGCACUUCCGAGCCGCCAACAUCAUGGCGACCGCCGCCCGAAAGGCACUGUCUCCGAGCCACCCCCUUCGGCGCCUGCUCUCUGUCUUCACCUUCGGAUCCAUCUUCAUUAACUUGCAGGCGAUGCACACCCUCAUCGGGCCUCGCCACGUGCUUCACCGAUCGUCUCCCUUUGUGGAGUUCGAGGGUCUCAGCGAAGCUGUGCCCAAGAACUUGGAGCCUCUUCCCCUGAAGCACAAGGCCUUCCUGAAAGAGGAGGAGUUCCAACGACUCCCCGACAAGCUGAAGGAGGCGCCCUACUUCGCCGACGGCAAGCUGCUCUUUGAUGCCCAGAGGAAGCUCCUGCGCGAGUUUCGAAAGCUCUACGCGUAUGGGCCCAUGGGCUUCUGUAGCUCCACUACAGACGAGCUUACCGGUCCCGAGGUCAUCAGAUUCCGUGACGAGAUGGUGUCAGAGUACGCGCAUGGACACUACCAAAAUGCGAUGAGCUUGAACGCAACCUGCACCGAGUUGGUCGACGACCUCCUUAUGGCCUCAAUUUGGACCGUUACUGGGUGGCAUCGACAUGUGGGCACCGUUGGUGAUUACUAUCGGGAUCCCGAGUUGGCUUCCUUCUCCUGGAGGGAGGGCGAGAAAUCCGCAAGGCCGCUGCAGCAUAUACAGAUGACUGCCGUGGCCGUCUUCACCUCUGCCUUGCAGCCGAAGCUUAUCGAGGACUACAGCCAUGUCUUCCAGGGCAUCUACAAGCAGCAGGAGAUGGUCAAGCUCAUGGACAACUUCCGCGCUGAGUUGGAGGAGGUCUCCGCAGAGGUUGGCCGGCGCAACGAGAAGCGCAUCCAUGACCCGGCCAUGGGUUUCAAGAAUAUCCAUGCCGACCCAAAGAUUGUGGAGUGCUCUGUAGCCGUCUGA